GGUGCGCUACGAUGUCAGUAACGAGUUCGUCAGUUGAGAAUCCAGACAAAUCGAAAUCUCUGUGGAGAGCAGCUUAUGUUUUAAUAAAGAAGUUGGACACUGUUUAUCACGGUGGCAAGGCGAUUAAGACUGUUUUCAGUUAUGAGGCUUAUGGGCAUAGGCUGAGAUUAAAAGAGCUACUUCAAAAGCUGAUGUUCAUGGACUUGGGUACGAAUUUCAGAAGAACUGAGGAGCUGAUUUGGCGCAAAGCAUUUUAUGAGCCUUAUUUUCUUUAUAAGGCUUAUGUUAAGAACAAUGAUCAGCAAGAUCGCCUCAGGUUAUUUGAGGAUAUGCUUGUUGUGCAUAUUCUCAGUGCUGUUGGAUACUACCAGUCUCUAAUUUUAGCUGUCCAAUCAGAUUUAGGUGACGCACAACCUAAUGACUUCUGUUCAUGGAUUCUAAUAGCGUUGCAUAUCCCUCUUUACUGUAGAGUGUUCUUUCAGUUUGACGCAAAGCCUAGACUCUCUGUGGCGAACAAGUCUGCGGCCAUCAAGUUGAUACAUAAAUGUCUGACAAAUAUUGGAGACCUUUUUCGAUAUCUAAUUGAUUUCGGUGAUUCUAACGCUAAGCGACUUGCUUAUCGAUAUUACAAGGCAGCCUUCUACUUUGAUCCUCUCAUGGGAUUGCCCCACAAUCAAUUGGGUAUCUUAGAUGUUGGACGCUGCUACGGCCUAAAUGCUGUUUUCCAUUAUUUACGUUGUUUGACAUCCCGUUUCCCUUUUGAGGGUGCUAAGGGAAAUCUCAUCACUGUAUUGGCUAAAAAUGAGCUCCGUUAUGGUAUGAUUACGCGCGAAAAACCAUCCAGAAGUUCGCGCAUCCGAUAUGCCUCUUAUUUCAGACCAAAAGAUUUCCGGAAGACUAUCAUGAAAUUCAUCUAUUUAAUUCAGCAGUUCCUAAAACCUGUGGAAUCUAGGGAUCCGGCAACGGAAACUAUUUUUCAUGAUAUACUCGCAGAAUUACAUUCUUCUUUAUUACUUACUGAUCAUUUAACUGUAAGAUCGGAAACCAUUGCAUUCUCAAAACAUACCAGUACCAAGAAUCUGAAAACGAAUGAAGUUAAUCAUGAAAAAACAGAUUGUACAGAUGAAACAUCAGAUCAAUUGACAGGACCUAUUUUUAUUAGAAUGCUGCUCAUUUCUAUACUUACUUAUGAAUACACACUCCAGCUUAAAAUAGAACAAGAUCGCAAUAAACCAGGAGAAAAAAAAUUAGACGAAAAUUUAGAUAUACAGGGGCAUUCUGCCCAAGAAAGUGAAGUCACUACAGUCCCUACCAGCUCAGAUACUAGUGGAGAGGAAAAUGCCAUUCAGAUUGAUUCUUCCGAUAAUUGUCCAUCUGCAGUAACUAAUAAGUGUGAGUCAUCUUCAGUUACAACUAUACCUGAUCUUCACGCACCGUUAUCGUUUGCUUUAAGCAUCGGGGAACUCUAUGUAACUCAUGUAUGUAGUCAAAUCUACCGUCGUCUGGGUCAGUUUAUGGAAGACCCUAAAGGAAAACCAGUAAAUUCAGGUAUCUCUAAAACUUCUCAUAAUUUGUGUACUGAUUGCCCAACAUGUUGUGAUCCAUCUAAUCCUUCAGGAAAUUCUAAUUGCAAACAUGUUUUAAAUGACCAUCGACCAUCCAGUAAUAUUUCCUCAACCGAACACCCUGAAGCUAUAUCAGAUCUUGGUAAUCCUGACGAUGAACUAGAAGAUUCUGGUGAUAUUAGAUGUACAAGAACACAAUCACAUGAAAGUAUCCACAGUAAUACAGAUACCGAUGAAGAUGAUGAUCAUGCGCGAUUACGGUUUCGUCGAUACUCGUCAGAUGAAGAUUCACAACAUGAGUUUGUAGAAAGGGCAACUGAUGAAAAUGAUAAUGAAUCAGAUACAGAUUUUUGGGGUUCUGAUGAUUCCAGCUUAUUGCAUUCACAAGACGAGAUUAACUCUACCGGUACACCUACAGAUGAUGAUCUUGAUGUUUUCUCUGACGAUCGAUUGAGGCGUGCUUCCAAAUUGAAUCGUUUAGGAUCCCAACGAAAUGUAAAGCAAUCAAAGUUUAAUGAUUCAUCAAAAUAUUUAUCAGAAUCUCAUUCAGUAAAUAAGGAUGUAAAAAAUACAUUGAAUUGCAUUUCAGAAGAGGAAGCGAUGCAAGAAGGCAAGACAGAAAAAGUAGACGUUCCUUCACCGGUCUCUCUUCAUUCUUCAAACAAUGAUAAAGAAUCAGUGCAUAAUGAUUCUAUUGUCGAUUCGGAGGAGAAGAAUACAUGUUACCCUUCGAAAUUUCAUUCAGAUUCUAUUAAAGAGAAUUUAUCAAAUCAUCCUCUUGUCCAAGUUGAUAAAGAUUCUUAUGAUGCGAAUGCAGAUAUAACUACACGUCUUAGUCUAUUCAGUCAACUUUAUUUAUUUUCUGCUGUCAAAUUAUUUUUAGACUGGCUUUCUAGUUCCAAAUUUGAACAUUUAAAUUUAUCCGCCUAUCAAGAUAUCAAUUCUACAUUAACAGAUGAUAGUACUGAUAAAUCACAGAAACGUAGCAGAGCUAGUAUUCUUUGGCAAGUAUCUGUAGAAAGAUUUAUAUCACAGCUAAUGCCAUUAUUAAAUAGUAUUUAUCCAAUAUUCGAUCAAAUUUCUCAUGAAAUUUCACGCGAAAAUGUAACCAAUACAUCAAAAGCAUGUGACAUUAAUCACUGUUAUCAGAACGAACAAUUAAAUGUGGAUUCCUGUACUCACUUCAUCGAAUCAAAUGUUGAUGAUGAAGCUAAGUUCAACAUCGUUCAUCAUUUAUCACCCGAUGUUUACCAAACAAUGAAAAGAUUGUUUUCUCAACAAGUGUUAAAUUUAAAUAAGUCUCCUACUGAAACACAAAAUGAAGUAGAGGAAAAUUCUAUACAACAAUCUGUAAUCCAUGAUGAGGAGAAAUUUCAAAUGUAUCCUCUUCCUGAAGAUUGGUUACUGCUUGGUUUACCAUCAAUGAAUUGUAUCCAUGAAAAAAUUGAUUUUCAUCAUGCAUGUAUAUCACCUUCGUUAAACGAAAUAGACGAAAUCGUAUUUCGAUGCGCCUCCAUUGCGUUUCACGGGUGCAGUUUAGCAUCAUACAGCAAUCAGUUAGGUUUGUUUGUUACAUAUAAUUCUACUGGAGAUGGUCGUCGACCUUUCAAGUGUGAUAUACCAUUGUCUGAAGUUCCCGGUCUAUCCUCUUCUAAUCAUUCCAAUUGGCCCUAUUCGAAUCGUCGGAAACGUCGUGGCCGUCGAUAUCAGAAGUUUUAUCCAGGCUACGGUAGAUGUGAUCGUUACAGUUCUUCCUGUCCCAAUGCUAAUUUUCAAUAUAGUAGAACUGAUAAUCGUAAUACAUGUGUGCCUCACAGAGGUCACUCUUAUCGGGAACAUGCUAGAUAUUCAGGCUCAGCUAAGGCACACAAAUCACACUAUGAUCCUAGACAUCGUAAUAGACCUUCACAACAAGCAGAUAAUCAUCAUGACGAUUGGGAUACAACAGAGUCUGCUCAACAUUUAACAGCCUCACAAUCUGAUAAUCUUCAAUCUGUCUCCAAAAGUAGUCCACAAAAAUCUGAUUCAUCUUCAAUGGUUAAGUGUGAUACUGAAUUAUUUAGUAAACCUCAGAUGGAUUCAACAGAGAAUGAUCAAUCACGUCGAGACCAAGCUAUGCGAGAUAUGGCUCGUCUUCGGUUACUCAAUGAAGUAGAUCAAUUGGAACGUCAAUUUCGUAAUCAGUCACCUCUUUUAUCCACAAAAAGAAGCACUAGUACUUCAUCUUGCAUACGAAACUCAGAAUCAACUAUACAAGAUAAACAUUUAGGAUUUGAUAUAAAUAAAAGCUUUCUGUCACCUUUUCUCGUCUUAGACGCUUAUUGCUUAACCAGUCAUUUACCUAUGGUCAAACAAUUAGUUAGUUCUAAUCGUUUCAUUUUAAUCAUACCACAAGCAGUUAUUUCUCAUUUGGAUUAUUUAAAGAAAACAUUGGCAUCUGCUAGAGUAGCGAUACGAUACUUAGAACAUGAAGCUCACGGUGGCAAUCGUUAUCUACGAUUACAAAAACCGGAUGAACAACCAAAUCAGCCUAUUCAACUUCAUCGUCAAGAUGCUGUACAUAACGAUGCUCAAGAUUUAAUAACUGAUGUAGAAGAAGAUGAAUCAAAAAGUUCUUCAACCAGCCAAAACCUGAAUCUUCGUGUUGUAAGAAGAUGGGUGAACAUUUUGGACUGUGCAUCCUAUUUUGCACAGACACUCAAAGAUUCAAACAAAUUAUCAGAAUCAACAUCUGUGAACAGUAACUGCUUGCCCAAACAAGCCACUAGUUCAGAUGAACAUGAAAUCGACGGUCCUUCAAAUUUGCUUAAUAUUUCACCUCCAUAUGUAGAUCUACUAACUAAAGGAUGUAGUACAGAUGAAGUGAAUGAAUUGUCAACUACUAAAACAGCACCUGUGACCAUUCUAAUUGGAUUUAGAAAUACAUCUCUUGAAGAUACUACAGUUCCUCAAAGCUUUUUAACACUUGCAUUAAAUCAUGGUGUACGAUUAGAAGUAAUUCGUUCGUUUAUUCAACGUUGGAAGACAAUGAAAACAUGAAGAGAAAAUUUUUUAAAAAAAAACAUAUGUUGCAUACUUUUUUAUUUUCCUGAUGUAAAACGAAAAUUGUACAAAAUAAGAAAAUUAUUUUAUUGAUCAAAGUUAUUUUGUUUUUCCCUACUACACAAAUAUCUUUGAUAUAAUUUUAUGAGAUUUGUCAACUAUUGUAUUUUGCUAUGGUGACUUUAUAUCAGGGCGUUAUUUCAAAAAAUCAUUUCACUUU